AUUCACUCCCUUUUAUCCUCCUCAGCGACUUUGCCGUUCUCUUUGUAUUCCUUUGAACAAGUGUAAUGGUCUCCUGCAUGUUUACGCAUCGGGCCCUUUUGGGGUAAACAAAAGCUUACAGGUCUAUGGCAAUUUAGAAGCCUUGUGGAGAGCAGGAGCUCUAGCGCUCAUGCAUAAAGGCGGCGUUUUGAGAACCUGGUGGCGAAGCACAUCUGUAAUUGACUGUAAACCGAGAGCGAGGGACAAGCCUCGUGUUAUAACCUUUUUUUGGGGAGAAGAAUACCACUGUCCCAUUAAACGCCUGACGACCGUAUGCCCUGGCGCUCAGUAGUUCAAUCGAAGUUCUUCUAAAUCGAAGGGAGGACAGCUUGGAGAAUCAGUUCGAGAAUCAUUGUAGGAGACGCCCAAAAAUACCUUACAAAAGGUCGACUUUUGACUCCUUUUUCACCAACAAAGUCAAAGCCCCCACGCUUUGUCUGGCUGUCGUCUCCAAACUCACAAUGCCAAGCUCUCCCUCCGACGACGACUCGUCUAGCGUAGUCUCCGCAAUGACUUCAUCCUCGAAUGAACCUCCUACUAAGACGGCAUCAACACCCGCUGUCGGCUUGUCCAGUGCUACGCUUUCGCAAGGACGACGCAAAUUGCUCGAGCUGACAAACAGGCUCUUGAAUACAGGGGUGCAACUCGAUAUCGACAUUCCUCGUAUUGCAGUCAUAGGCAAUCAAAGUGCAGGAAAAUCAUCCUUGAUUGAGGCUAUUUCUGGUAUCACUCUUCCAAGAGCCUCUGGGACCUGUACUCGGUGCCCCACCGAAUGCCGUUUAAUGAACUCUCAGAAUGGUCCUUGGAAGUGUGUAGUCUUCCUUCGCACUCUGUACGACGCGUCUGGUCAAUUGCUACGCCAAGCGAAGAACGAGGCCUUCGGAAGUCCAAUUUAUAACAAGGCAGAGGUUGAGGACCGUAUCCGCAGGGCACAAGUUGCGAUUCUCAACCCCAAGAUUUCCCACGCAGAAAUUUUGGAAGGAGAUGUCGAUUCUUAUGUUGGCAGCAAUACAUUCUCUGCUAAUUGCGUUGCUCUGGAGAUCAGCGGACCAGAUGUAGCUGAUCUGUCUUUUUGCGAUCUUCCUGGUCUCAUUCGAUCGACGCGUGAUGGCAACUCGAGGGAUAUCGAGUUGGUCGAACGAAUGGUGGAGUCCUAUAUCAAAAAGCCCAGCUGUAUCAUCUUGCUCACUGUUUCGUGCGAGACCGACCACAUGAAUCAAGGAGCGCUUCAUCUUGCUAAGAAAUUUGACCCCAACGGUGAACGUACUGUCGGUGUCCUCACCAAACCCGAUAGAAUUGAUCAAGGGGAUGAGAACGCGUGGCUUGGUUUCAUUCGUGGCGAAGAGCAGUGUUUGCAUAACCAUUGGUUCUGCGUGAAGCAGCCUAGCACCUCCGAACUAAACAAAGGCGUAACUUGGGCCGAAGCUAGGAAGCGGGAGAGUGAUUUCUUUUCGAUGACAGCACCUUGGUGUGACUUGGAUGCGAUGUAUCAGAAGUACCUCCGGACGUCUAACCUUGUGGAUCGUCUUAGUAUUAUCCUUUCUGAUCUCAUUGCGAAACGGCUACCCGAAAUUCGCCGUGAACUUGAAAACGCAAUACAAGAGACCAAGGAUACUCUCCGAAAGCUUCCGAAAGCUCCAUCAAACGAUCCCCUCAAUGAGAUUUCUACUAUGCUGUAUGAAUUCAGUGCAGAUAUUCGCAAGUUCGUCGAGGGCGUUCCGAAUCCCAAGGGGCUACAUCAGACUAUUCGACCAUUCCAAGAGCACUUCAGGCUUACGAUCCAACACACCCGACCUCAUUUUAUACCGUACGAACUACGAUGUGGUGGACGUUCUAUCCCUCGGCCUUCUUUCAUCGAGCAUGAGGAGCAAGAGGCUGAAGGAGAGGACGAGGAGGGAUCGAUCUACCUCGAGGAGGUUCUGCAAAGGGCGAACGACGGUCGUACCAGAGAACUACCCGGAAACCAUCCGUACGUUGUCGAGGAAUCUUUCGUCUCUGAAAUUACCGCACGAUGGGACGACCCUACACAGAGGUUCUGCAAGGAAGCGUAUGAGACGAUUCUCGACAAGGUUGUCGUUGUUAUUGAGAAACAUUUUGGUGAUUUUGGGCAAGGACAGCUUGAGAGGCGCAUCAGUAACAUCGUCCAAGAACACAUGCGAAAGCGAUACGAAGAGACGAAGGACCGUUUACAAUGGCUCGUCAAACUAGAGGCUCGGCCAUCCACCUCGAACACCCACUAUUUCACGGAUUACCGUGACAAAUUCCUUGAUUUCUACCACGGAUUGAGGCAACGGGACAGAAAUCCUCAGUUGAUUGAGAUGUGUUUGGGGAAUGGACAGAGCUUGGAGGUUCGGAAUGCGCUUUCUCAGCUUGCAGGCUUGGGGAUCUCCGAGCUAAAACCCAAAGACCUUCAACGUUUGUUGCCUCGGGACGAGAUGGAGCCGGCUCUCAAGAUCAUGGCCGAAAUCAGGGCUUAUUUCCAAGUUGCCUACAAACGAUUCGCGGACAACGUUCCCCUCGUGAUUGAUCACGAGUUGAUUUGGGGUUUGGAGAGGAACCUUCUCGAAGUUUUGUUUGAGAAGCUGAAGAUUCAUACAGCAGAUGGACCUGAGAUAUGUCGGGAGUUUGCUGAAGAAAGUUCCGUGAUUGCGGAUCGUCGCGAAGAGCUUUCCACGAAGCUGGAGCGGUUGCGAAUCGCUAGUCAGGAAUUGACGAAGAUGUAAAUUUUUAGGAUUAUAUACUGGCGCUACCAAUGUAGCUCUUUUUGGCUUGCUCUUCUCAAC